UUGGACCGACAAAUAGUAAGUGGAACGGGCCCAGCACCAAAUCAGGCCGACACGGUCGCAUUCUGGCGCAGCCUGUGGUCAGGGCCCGUAAACCACAACGAGGGCCCUUGGACGGAAGUUGUGGCGAGUCAGUGUGCGGGUAUUACGCCCAUGGACCCCGUCAUCAUAACGCCGGAUGACGUAGCUGAGGCGGUCCGUGAGGACCCGAACUGGAAAAGUCCGGGGCUUGACGGGCUGCAUCACUACUGGCUGAAGGGGUUCAUGGUGUGUCACGCUGUGCUCGCCCGACAGUUUCAAGAGGCUCUCAAACAGAAGUAG